ACUUUGAAACCCUAGUUCUCGAACUCCGGCAAUGGCGCCGCCGCCGCGCGAGAGAUCUACCGUCUUCGUCGGCGGUAAGGGCUCCUCUUUCUCCGCCGCCGCCGUAUACGCCGUCUCCCGUGGCCUCAGCAAGGUUGCCAUCGACCCCGCCGUCCUCGAGAAACUUUCUCAGUUGAAGAAAUACCCUCUCAAGCCCCUCCCCUAUGCCUGCGUUGUCCAUGGAUCGUUCCUCACCUUCGAUGAGUCUCGUGCCGCCCUCUCCGUGCUCCUCAACAAGUUCAUCGUCUGUGAAUCUCCCGUCCGCCCUGUCAUUCCUCUCUUGAUCCAAGAAACCCUCGAUCAUGCUGCUGGUUUCGAGACGCUUGAUUUCGGCUCGUCGUUAGGGUUUCUGACGUCGUUGUGCCGGUUGAAUGGGAAGAAGCUUGAUGAGAUUGGGGUGACCGCGGAUGAAAUCGGGAUGAUUGAGAACUCUUGUGCCGCAUCGAUAGCCAUCUGUGCGAUUUUGGAUUGUUGCGCUUCCGAUUUGGUGAGGGUGUCCGACGCGGUUGCGGCUUUGUCCUCCGAGGUGGUGAGGGCUGAUGUGGGUCUGUUUGAUUUGUCUGUCUCUGGCGAUGGGUUUUCAAUGAAGGACGAGACUGAUGUAGCUGCCGACAUGAAAGUUUUUCUUUUUGGGUCAAAGCUUGCUGGAAAAGUUGAUUCCGCGCCGUUUUCGGACAUCCCUGCAGUUCAUGGUAGUUUCAGAGAGGCUAUCAGAUUGCUGCAUGGACGAACUCGAAUUGAGUUGAAUGCUUCUAUUAAGGGUAAGAAGGUUUUGGUGUCUGGAAUUAAUGGGAAAGAGAAGGCCUUUGUGGCCUCUGUGCUACCAUUGGCCAUGGCUAUUCAAAGCAUGAGUGAGGCAAGCUAUGGCCGGGCUGAAUUGGUUGUUGCGUCUAUUGUUGGUGAAGAUUUACGGUCAAAGGUAGGGGACGUGUUUCAGAAAGAAUGCCCUUUCAUUGAUGCGCUGAGAAAUGAUUUCAAUUCUAUUACAUCAGCAAGUUCUACAGGUUCCAAUUGUGUACUAGUUCUGCAUCGUGUGUAUGAUAUGUUGAUUAAGUUUAGGGAGAUUCUUGCUUGGGAGUCAGCAUUGGCCCUGCUUGCAAUUGAAGUAGAUGAAUCUGUGGAGAAAACACCAGUAGUUUCAUUGGAGAGCUCUAAGGGUGAAAAGAAAAGUGAGAAGAAAAAGAAGAAGACUUUGGGGAAGGGGACUUCUAUUGUAAGACAGUUGCUUAAGGAUCGACUUUCACCUGAUGCUUCAGUUGAAAAUGUGAUGAAUUUAGUACGAGUGGUGCAUGACCUCGCAGGAUCAUUUGAUCCCAAGGACUCUGAACUUGACACCUUGCUGAGAAAGUUAAAAGAGAUUGUCGAGAGCAAUGAAGUUAGAAGACUCCCCAAAAUUCCCAAGGGCACGCGGGACUUUGGGAAAGAGCAAAUGGCAAUAAGAGAACGUGCAUUUUCAGUUAUUGUUGGUGUUUUUAAGAAGCAUGGGGCAGUGGCACUUGACACCCCUGUCUUUGAGUUGAGAGAGACUCUUAUGGGAAAAUAUGGAGAGGAUUCAAAGUUGAUAUAUGACCUUGCGGACCAGGGUGGUGAACUUUGUUCACUGAGGUAUGACCUCACUGUUCCCUUUGCCCGUUACUUGGCCAUGAAUAAUAUUAGUGCAUUGAAGAGAUACCAGAUUGCUAAAGUGUAUAGAAGAGAUAACCCGUCUAAGGGAAGAUAUCGUGAAUUCUAUCAAUGUGACUUUGACAUUGCCGGGCAAUAUGAGCCAAUGGAACCUGAUUUUGAAGUAGUUAGGGUUUUGACUGAAUUGCUAAAUGAGCUAUCUAUUGGUGAUUAUGAGAUAAAGUUAAAUCACCGGAAGUUGUUAGAUGGUAUGUUGGAAAUUUGUGGUGUUCCAUCAGAGAAAUUCAGAACAGUUUGUUCAAGUAUUGAUAAAUUGGAUAAGCAGACAUUUGAGCAUGUGAAAAAGGAGUUGGUAGUGGAUAAAGGCUUGACUUCUGAAACAGCUGAGAGAAUUGGUGCUUUUGUGAAGAAAAGAGGGCGUCCACUUGAAAUUUUAUCUGAAUUGACAAGUGAUGGUAGUCAAUUCUUGGGAAAUAGUGCGUCUAUUGUUGCACUAGAUGAGUUGAAGAUUUUGUGUACAGCUCUUGACAAAUCCAAGUGCCUAAAUAAAGUGGUUUUUGACUUGAGCCUUGCGAGAGGCCUUGAUUAUUACACAGGAGUUAUUUUUGAAGCAGUUUUCAAAGGCACGACACAGGUCGGUUCCAUUGCAGCUGGUGGACGUUAUGAUAAUCUGGUUGGGAUGUUCAGUGGAAAGGUAGUCCCUGCAGUUGGUGUCAGCCUGGGAAUUGAGCGAGUGUUUACUAUAAUGGAGCAAUUAGAAAAGGACCGAAAUCAGGUAAUUCGGGCUACAGAAACACAAGUUUUGGUGGCUAUUUUAGGAAAAGAUCUUACUUUGGCUGCUGAACUAGUCAGUGAACUAUGGGAUGCAAAAAUAAAAGCAGAAUUUGGGCUAACAAAAAGAGUAAUGAACCAUAUAACUCGUGCCAAACAAUCUGGUAUCCCUUGGAUGGUGAUUGUCGGGGAGUCGGAGUUACAGGGGGGUGUUGUCAAAUUAAAAAACAUUGAAGCCAGUGAAGAGGAAGUCAUUCGAAGAGACGUAAUCGUUGAAGAACUCCAGAGAAGACUGGGCAUGUACUCAAAGCCCAACCACUCGGAAACAGGCCUUAAUUUCCGGCUCGCUGAUAUUAAGUAGCAGCAGUGAGCUUCAGCUGAUCCACGAAAGAUUUGUAAUUUUGUAAGUUGAUUCACAGGUUAUCAUGGAUUAGAUUUUUUCAUGAGGGUUUUGUAAUAAUUUGAAAGUUUAUUAAUAUGAAUUUCAUUGGACGUGAAUUAGGUAUUUAGACUGUGCUGCUGUUUGAAAGUGUUUAAUUUAAUUAGUUGAUUCACAGGGGUUUUAUAUUGAUACUUUGUUCAGUGUUCACUAAUGAUUUGGGGUAGGUUUGUACGCCCAACUCGGAUAAUUUAAUGAAAUUACAUGCAUUAUCUU